GUGGCAGGAGGAGGCGCAGAAUUGAGGGAGUUUUGGCAGUGGAGGAAAAGGUAUGUAAAAAAAAAAAAAAUUGUAUUUACUGAAUACCUAUAGAUCAAUUGAUUAUAAUAUCAUUAUAAGUGAUUAUUUUACAGUCUAACAAACAAAUGAUGUAAAUAAGGGGUGUCAAAGUAGAGUCUUGGAAGGCAUUUUAUUCUCCCUAACUACUUUAAUGUCUCACAGCCUGCCAGGUGCCUGGUAUGUGAUUGAUUUGUAAACCACAUUUAAAAAAAUCAAAGUAGCUGGUUUGUGAAGGCUCUCCAGUUGUUUUUGUUAUCCAGACUUCAUUUGCUAACAACUAUAGUUUGUGUCCAUGGAGCACACUAUCACUAUUUUUAUUCUGUCCUAGUACUAUGAAAAACACUUUAUUUGUGGUCUAGACAAUCACAAUAAAAGAAAAUUAUAUAUAUCUAUAUUUGUUUAGUUGGUUCACAGUCCACAUUACAGGCUUGUUAUGAAGCCAUGAUCCUCUGUCUGGUUUGAUCUGGCUGGAGCACAUUGUGCUAUUUGAGGGGUGGAGCAGGACGGGAUAUUGCUCUUUUUUUCUUCUUCUUCUUCUUCUAAUUCUUCUCAUAGAUGCUGCUUCUUGUCACUGACGUCACCACCCUGCGUCACCCACUUAUGCCGAAUGUCAAAACAAGACUGUGAUUGGCCAGCUUGCUGCCGGAAACUCCCUCGGUGACUAUAAAAGGCAGAGUUUGCUGCGCAGGAGUUUACUUUGAAGAAGAGCAGCCGGGUGUCCACUUGUCCUCGCACCAUCUCCGGACACGUCAUAAAGCCGGGAUUACCUGCACCCCCCCUCGCCACGUGCCCCCACACCCAUCACUCCUGUCCGCCAUGUCGAACGGCUCGGCGCCCCGUGCCAGCACCGACACACUGCCGGAGAUCGACGUUGCCGUCACUUUCCUCGCCAGCCUCCUGAGGGGUCGAGUAAGCGAGCAGCGGAUCCAUGUGUUCCGGAUGGCCCUGAGAUGCACACUCAAAGGUGAGGAUCCCGGGGACCGGGGGAUUAGAUAGAAACUAACUAACUAACCAGAAACCAACCAACUAACUAACUAACCGUGUGAGGGCCGGGGCAGCUUUACAGCGCGUUGGACUCCUCGACCACUCCAUGAAUGCAGUACAAGGCCCUCGGGAGUAGUCCCAGCCUGCUCUCACUUACUGAGCUGGCACCCCAUAAUCUUAAAUCUCUCCCCUUCCUUAGCGAGCUGGCACCCCAUAACCAUAAAUCCAGCACCUCCCUACUGAGCUGGCACUUUAUAACACUAAAUCUCUCCCAUUCCUUAGUGAGCCGGCACCCCAUAUUCCUAAAUCUCUUGCCUCACUAGUGUACUGGCACCCUCUAAUCCUAAAUCUUUCACACCCUUACUGAGCUGGCACCCCAUAAUCCUUAAUCUAUCACUUCCCGAGUGUACUGACACCCCCCCAAUACUAAAUCUCUCACAUUCCUAGUGAGCUGGCACCCCAUAAUCCUAAAUCUCCCACCUCCUUAGUGAGCUGACACCCCAUAACCCUUAACCUCUCACCUCCCUAGUGAGCUGGCCCCCAUAACCCUAUAUCUCAUACCUGUCUUGCUGGCAGUGCUGAAUCUUAAAUAGUAUGUUGCUGCUCUGUACACAAUAGCCAUAGCUAGACCCCCACCAGGGGAUCUGCAACCAUGCGGCAAGUUGGGUGUGAGUAUCUGUGUAAUAAACUUAUUUCAUUGAUACAUGUGCUACAAAAUACCUGACCCAUUAAAGCGAAACAUUGCCCGCACAAUUAUUCUUUUAAGAGUGGAUGGUUCUGCUAUAAUUUAUUCAACCAUGGAUUAUGGAGAAUUUACAAAAAAAACUGCAUUAUUAAUUUAUUAACAAGAAAUGGCAGUUAUUUUGGCCUUCAAUUUGCAAGUUCUUUGCUAAUUUUAUACCAUCCAUAGUUUAACAACUAAUCCUUUUUCAUCUAUAAACUGUUUAGCAAAUGUAUAAAUUGAACACUGUAUUAAUCUGAGGUUUGUUUCCUCCUUGGUAUGUGUGCAUUUACAAUGGGACAUGUGGUCACUAAUGGAUUUUUGGGAAUCCAUGCACAACCACUGCCACUUUUAGAACUACAUUUUAUAGUUAUUGAGCUGAUUAGAUAUCUGUAUCUCUAAGCAUAUCUGCUGUAGUUGGUAUAGAACCAACUUGUUUUACUGCUAUAGCUAAUUUGUAAUUAAUUCAAGUAGCUUUUGUAUUUCAUGUGUAAUCUUUUGAGCUUAUAGAAUAACACCUUACUUAGGAAAAUGUGUUUUGUUGUAACCAGAUUUGCAUAUUCCAGUUUAUGGUUCUAUAAAUAAAUAUACAUUUAAUUUAAAAAAAAAAAAAAACCAUCUAGAUGACACUCCAUCUUACUUGCAGGACUUAUCAAAGGAUGGGUUGUGUCCCAAAAGAUAACUUUAUCAAAGUUAGUAUUCCAGUUAAGUUUGUAGUAUCUUUUGGGGGUAAAUAGUUUUGCAAGAGGCAGGAUGUGCAUAUUGGCAGUCUAUAUAGACACAUAUGAAGUGAUGAGCUGUGUUGAUAUUUAGCCAACUAACGUAUUUCACUAUAAACUGAAUUGGUAAAUUGUGUGAACAUAAAACAUGAAUUUUUUCAUGGAUUUUUGUUUCUUUUCACACUUUUGGUGAGUAAACAAUUUUGUGCAUUAUGUAUUAUCAUGUCCGUUAACAACAUAUAUCAUUUUGUUGACUUGUAUUUCUGCUUAAUAUUUUCCAGAACACUAUGCACAUCAUUGGUUUCCAGAUAAGCCUGCCAAAGGUUCUGGCUACCGCUGCAUCCGGAUAAAUCAUAAGAUGGAUCCAGUUAUAAGCAACGUGGCCGGUCGUAUCAACAUGAGCAACCAGCAGCUGCUCGGCUUACUGCCUAAAGAGCUCACCCUCUGGGUGGACCCAUAUGAGGUCUCCUACCGAAUUGGUGAAGAUGGCUCUAUAUGUGUGCUUUAUGAAGCUCCUGUUCCAACUGUUCGGGGGCCCUUAAGCUGUAAGAGUGAACUGCUGAGCAGUUCCAAAGCUCCCAAUCGAUACCUAAUAACUGUUGGCAGCUAACCUCGCCUUGGGAACUCCCCAUUUGCUGCUUGUGUAUGUUGUAAAUACCUCGCUCUGGGAGCCAUCUUUUCUAAUGAAGAUAUAUUUAUAUUUUUAAAGAUUCUUUUUUUUUUUUUAGGAUAGAACAUAUGAAACUUUUUUUGAUGCCUAUUAUUAAAUUCUCACUUUGAGAAACACUAAUGCACUAGUGCAGCAUGUACAGCCCCUACCAGUUCUAUAGUAGCAGAAUGAAGGCAGCUAUAACUGUUUAAUAUAGAUGGGUAAUAUGGAGGAGUAUGGGUUUGGUUUUUUUUUUUUUAAAUUGAAAAUAACUGAUUUUGAGAAAUCCCUCACUGGAGUAUCGUAAAGAAUAAGAAUGCUUUGAAUUCAGCUAUCUUUAAAAUGGUAACUUUGUGCACCAAUGUAUGGAGAUUUUGUUAGCGAGGAAACAUGGGCAACCUUUGGCUAACACAUGUUGAGCUCCAACUCCUUGGAUUCCCUGCCAUCUACUUAUUUAUGGAACACAGGUUAGUGGAGAUUUUGGAGUUGGAGUUCCAACAAAACAAUUGGAUUGCCACAGGUUGCCCAUGUGUGUUAUAAAAAUAAACAAAUAAAAAAUAAUAAUAAAAUAAAUAUAAAUAUUACACACACACACACACACAAUCUCUCUCUUUGGUAUGAGGACAACUUAAAUGUAAUUCUUCCCCCUCUGUGGUAGUUGUCUGUAAAACAGGCUAUAUUAUCACAUUUUAACCUAAACCAGAUUUUCUGCAACCUUGCACUUUAUUCCUAGUUAAAAUAAAAAAAAUAACACAGAAAACCAAAUGAAAAAAAAAUUUUUAAAAAAUUGUGUAUUGUUUAAAUUCCCUGUUUUAGCUGCUCUGUGCUUGAGACACUUGAUGUGUGUUGUAGAGCAACACCAACUUCUGUGGAUCAGAAUUUUUCAGGUCUCUCCAGCACAGACAGAUGAAAGGGAAAAAAGCACUUAAAUUGCAACCAUUUUUGUGAAUGCCAUCUUGAAUUGAUGUAGCGUUUUUUUUUUGUUUUUUUUUAACUUUUAAAAGGUAUUUGGCAUGCAAAUACUUCAGGAUUUCCCUGCAGGGAUGCAGUGAGACUUAAAUUAAAGCUGGACUUUAAACAUAAGUAAGAUUAGAUAAAGGGCCAAUGUAUUUACUGCCUUUGCUCUUAUUGAAUGUUAAAUAUUGCACAUUGAGCAUUUGUUUCCAGACAUGUUAAAGUUUAAGAGAAUUUAAAAAUCCUUUUCGAAAGUUGUAGAAUAUGAUUACAUUUCCAACACUUUGUUGUACCAUGGGUACAAGAUACCUGUGCCAGAAUGACUGAUAGAAAUCAAAUGUCUGCUUUAUCAUUGCCUUUUUUUCUUACUGACUUUUUCUGUUAUCAUAUGUAUGAGGGGGUAGUUUUACUUUCUAAAGAGAAUUAAUUCUUCUAACAGAAGUCUGAAUAAUGACCUAAAUCUUUUGAAUACUGGUGGUAGUGAGUAUCUAUUCAGAAGGCUUUCACUCUCAGCUACUAGUAUUCAAAAGAGAGCACAUUAUUUUUAUUUUUUUAAUGUAGUAAUGCUUGCUCCAAUGUUUCUGUACUUUGGGUCACUGUUUGCACAUAUAUAACUUGCCACCCUCUACACUAGUGGUUCUUAACCUCCUUUUAAUUAGAUCCAGUUUAUGUACUUUGAUAUUUAGUUUUAUUAUUGUAAAAUUUACUAAACAAAAAAACCUUUUCAAUUCUUCCUGAUAGUCUACGUUGCACUAGGCAACCUGGUAACAAUACAGUAAACUGUAUAUUUACUUCCAGUUUUGACCAAAUCAGAACAAAUCACUUUUUCGGCCACUUUUUAGCAGGGGUUAAGAACCACAGUUAUCAAUUUAAAACUGCCUGCAUUUUUUUGUUUCUUUUUUAACAUGUUCCUUGAGGGAUUGGAAAGGGGCGGGUUUAUUUAUUUGUUUUUCAACAAUUUUGAAGUCUCUCCCUUUUGAGUUAAACCUGUAGAAAGUGCCUUCCAGGUGCCUGUCUGAGCCAUACACAAAUUUAACACGCACACAAUACAUGGAACAUGGGUGCCAUGUAUAUUUCCACAAAUCUUUGUUACCAUUCUGCCAAAUUUGAAACAAGUUUACAUACUAUAUACCAACAGAAGACUAUUCAUAAAAAGUGUUAUGUACUGUAAUAGGUGCUGUACUGUUGUUACUUUGUAAUAAAAAGAAAUUAUCUUAUCUACA